UCAUAGUUCCACACACGCACAGCGUCUCUCUUCAUUUCAUCGCUCUAAAAACUCAGAGACGAUCCCACAAAACCCCUCGAUAUUAGGCUUUUCACUUUCCAAAUUACAGCACACUCAUUGUUUACUCAUUUGCCCCUCUGUUCUCUCUCUCUCUCUCUCUGUGUGUGUGUGUGUGUGUGUGUCUCCGUCUCACUCUUUUUGGUUCAGUCUCUGAUUUUAGAUGAGAGAGAAAGCGAGCUGCAUUUUCUGUUUCUCGGCCAUGGAGUAUUGUGGUCUCAUGGUGGCUUUUUGAGUAAAUAAAGGAUGAUACAAGGGGUAGGAUUGGGAAUCAAUGAGACUCAUCAAGACGUUGAGGUUUAGCGUGAUAUUGACGAACCUGGCUCUAUUACAGCAGCAAAACGGUAACCACAGCCCCAGCAGAGGCCGCGGAAAGCAUCAGCAUCAGCACCACCACCAUCAUAUUCACAAUGAGUGGUGGAGAUCCUCUGCGACGCAGCAGCGCAGGAAGAUCCGGUGGUCGCUAGUAUGCGGGUUAAUGCUCUUCAUUUUGGGAUUGAUUUCGCUUUUCACGGGACACGUGGCCUCUGAUCUUGAAUGGUACUCUCAGAGAUUGGUUAAGCACAGCUUGGGCCGACUGGAUGGGAGUCGGCGUGAACCGAUUGAUAUAUGGAAAUCGAAGUACUCGAAGUUCUUCUAUGGAUGCAGUGAAAGAGGACGUAAUUUUGCUCCUGCCAAACGUGGGCGGUCAUCAAAUGGCUAUUUGCUUAUUGCAGCAAGUGGAGGGCUGAACCAACAAAGAACAGGAAUAACUGAUGCUGUGGUUGUUGCACGGAUUCUUAAUGCUACACUAGUUGUACCUGAGUUGGAUCAUCAUUCUUAUUGGAAAGAUGAUAGUGAUUUUGUCAAUAUUUUUGAUGUUGAUUGGUUCAUUUCCUACCUUGCAAAAGAUGUGACCAUUGUAAAAAGAGUUCCUGAUAAAGUCAUGCGAUCAAUGGAAAAGCCUCCAUAUACAAUGCGUGUUCCAAGAAAAUCUCCCCCUGAGUAUUAUCUAGAUCAAGUUCUGCCUAUACUAUUGAGGAGACACGUAAGACAAUUUGCAGAAUCAGUUGUGCAAUUGACCAAGUUCGAUUAUAGGCUUGCAAAUAAUCUUGAUGAUGAACAGCUGCAAAAGUUGCGCUGCCGAGUUAAUUAUCAUGCUUUAAGAUUUGCAAAGCCCAUAGAAGAUAUUGGUCAAAGGCUUGUUAUGAAAAUGAGAAACAUGGUGCCGCAUUUUAUUGCAAUUCACUUGAGGUUUGAACCUGAUAUGCUUGCUUUUUCUGGAUGUUACUAUGGUGGUGGUGAAAAGGAGAAAUUUGAGCUUGGUGAAAUAAGAAAGAGAUGGGAAACAUUACCAGACUUAAGUGCAGAGGAAGAGCGAGCAAGGGGGAAAUGCCCACUUACCCCUCAUGAAGUGGGAAUGAUGCUGCGUGCUCUUGGAUUUGCUAACGACACAUACAUUUAUGUGGCAUCUGGAGAAAUAUAUGGCGGAGAAGACACGCUGCGGCCACUCAGAGAACUCUUUCCAAACUUCUACACAAAGGAGAUGCUUGCUAAUGAAGAACUGAAACCUUUUCUUCCAUUUUCUUCCCGUCUAGCAGCCAUCGACUACAUUGUCUGUGAAGAAAGUGAUGUUUUUGUCACCAAUAAUAAUGGAAACAUGGCCAAGAUUCUUGCAGGUCAAAGGAGGUAUGCGGGGUAUAAGAGGACCAUCAGGCCAAAUGCUAAGAGGCUUAGUGCAUUGUUAAUGGAAAGGGAUAAGAUGGAAUGGGAUACGUUUGCUAAAAAGGUGAAAUCAUGCCAGAGAGGAUUCAUAGGGGAACCGGAUGAGAUGAGACCUGGACGAGGUGAAUUCCAUGAAUAUCCAUCUCCUUGCAUCUGUGAGAAGCCAUUCAGUGAUGAUGGAGGCAGCAAUGAUGAAGCUCAUCUAUUACAGCAGGUCCCUAUGAACUCCAAGGCAAAGGUACUAUCAAAGUAUGUGGAGGAGAAACAAAGCAAGAAAAGCCUUUGAAGGUCUAAGAAGAGAAGCAUGAGAGAAGAACCAGCAACUUAGUAGAGUUGCAGAAGAACUAAGGCCAGGAUAUGGUGGGAAGAAUUUAUUCUUUAUGUUGAUCAGAUUUCCUGAGAUAAUUAUGGCUCAGCCUUUCAUCUCCUCAGCUUCCCAACCCUCAGAUGCUGGCGUGAAAUUUUACUCGCUGGCAUUAUAACGAAAGGCUGCUCAAAUGUGGUGAUCGAGUUCCGUUCAGUUUCUCUGGUUGGAUCAGUGAACAAAUUGAAUCUUUGUACAGAAGGUAUCUUUUGAGGAGUUGCAAUUGUUCAUAAAGUAGUUUUGCUAGGUGCACGUUUUAUGUAUCCAAACGUUCAUUUUGGACUUGGUUAAGUUGCAUUGCCAAAAUUUGAUCUGUAUCUGGUAAUUUUCUCUUCUA